UAAUUUUUAUGAAUCGAUUUUAGAAAUGGGAAUUUUGUUUAGGCAUAUAUCAGAAUAGUGCAGAUAUCAAUUAAUAGAGAUAAAAGAAAUUUGAUGAAUAUUCUAAAUUGAAGAUGAAUGCAAAAACGACAGAUGAUGAUAAAAAUGAAAUUAUGAAAGAUAUUAAUAGAACCUAUUAGGAGAUGGGAUUGUUUCACUUAGAAUCAAACAAAAACAUUAUGUGUAAUGUGUUAUUGUUGUGGUGCAGCCAUAGUUUGUCAUAUCGACAGGGUAUGAAUGAGAUAGUGGGAGUGAUAUUUUUUACAUACGUCCAAUCUUUUUCGGACUGCCAAGAGUAGAAUCCAACUAAAAUCGAGAAUGAUAUCUAUUGGGUAUUUAAGACGAUUAUGGAUGAUGGAGAUCAUAAACAAAAUUUUAAUUACUCUUCCCACAUGCCUAUAGAUAGAAUACCUCUGAUUAGAUACAUAAAGGAUUUGACAAUGGAAAAACUCAAAUACAUUGAUGAGCAAUUAUUUUAGAUCUUUGAGUAGAAUCAAAUUAGCACAGAGAUAUUUUUAAUGAAAUGGAUCAAAGUAUCCAGAGAAUAUGAGAUUGAAUAGAUAUAAGUAAUUUGGGACAAGAUGUUUGAGAAGUUCCAGACAUCGAAAUUGAAAUUUUUGGAUGCCAUGAUUUUAACAAUGAUGAUAUAAUUGAAACCGUAAUUACUCAAGAUUGAAUUCAUUAAUAAUUUUGAGGUUUUGUUGUUGUUCCAAAAUUACCCAGCAAAGGAGAAUUACUAAUAGAUGAUAGGAUAGGCUGAAAAGAUAGAAAAAUAAUUAAGAGCGUUGGACGGGAUAUCAUGGUUAGAGAUUAUCAAGAGAUUCAAUUUGGGUUACUCUUUAUCUUUGUAUUUUCAGAAGAAUUGAUCUAUCUAUUCAUUAGAAUUAAUGGAUAUAAAAUUCUCUUUAUUUUUAUUUCUAA